AUGAAUACUUUUAUCACGCUUCUGGUGGUCCUGUUCCUGGGCUGCCGAGUGUCUGCAAUUCCAUACACCCCGUCCCAUCUUCUGUACUCAGCGCAGUACAACGGAUCCAUUGCAUAUCUAUUACGGCCCAGCGAUAGCAAUACAACUGAAUUCCUCUCAUUGAACAUCUCCAAAGACAUUGACAGCGCCAACCCCCAAUAUACGAGCUUACUGGACGAUGCUCCAUUUCAGCUUUACAAGCAAAACCUCGCUCUCGUUCCGGCUAUCGACCAACACGGCAUCUUAAAAGUCUAUGCGGGAGAUUGUCAUAAUACUUCAGGGUAUGGCGCGUUAUGGCAGUUCACCCCGGAUGCAGCGAGUUCCACCGGCAAUGGGACAUGGGAGAGAAUCGAGGUAAAUGGGACCGGCCAGUCAAACGUCAACCCUCAUGGACCAAAUUAUCUCGCUGCCGGUUUUACAUACGCCUCCACCAAUACAACUAACAGUUCUUUCUAUGUCUUUGGUGGAAUGUGCCCACUUGCAAGCGCCUCCGAGGCCACCUGGAUUACUGCUGCCAACUACUCACAGUCCAUGAUAGCCCUGGAACCCCCCAAAACCGAUAGUCUGACUUCCUACCGGAUCUCAGCAACCGGUGAUCGCGCACCUCCAAUUCCUGAAGCUGGGUUUACGAUUACCCCGUUACAGGCAACAUAUAGGUCUACGUCGAGUGGCACAUUGUUACAACAACAAGAUUUUCUGAUGAUCGGAGGCCAGACUCAAAACGCAUUCAUCAAUAUGUCACAGGUUGCUGUCUUUUCACUUCCGCAGAGCAGCUGGAGCUUUGUCACGAUUGAUUCUACACUGAGCCUGAGCCGAACGGAGCUUGCCAUUAGGGACCCCUCGGUAGUGGAACCAAGGUCCGGCCAUACAGCUGUUCUCUCCCCAGAUGGAAGCAAGGUGGUCGUCUUUGGAGGUUGGGUUGGUAGCACCAGCGUUCCUGCCAACCCGCAGUUAGCUAUCCUCGAACUGGCAGCUGACUCUAUAGGCUCCACCGAGUGGGCCUGGAAAAUACCGCCGACCGGAGAUGCUGGGAUAGCGGAAGGAACUGGGAUCUAUGGACACGGCGCAACCAUGCUUCCGGGCGGAGUGAUGAUGAUCACAGGUGGCUACCACAUAUCACAGUCAAGUAAACGAUCUAUAACUGCCACGGAGGUUAACUCGAAAACCUUGAUGUACAACGUUACUUCGGGUAAAUGGGUUUCCUCCUACUCAAAUCCAGGGCCUUCACCAGAUGGUGGGUCCGGAUCGUCUGUAUCCCGCAGAGCUGGGCUUGGUGUCGGACUCGGCUUAGGUAUUCCCUUUGUCGCUGGGGCGGCUGCUGUCUUUCUCUGGUUCUACUUCCGGCGACGGCGAGUACGUCGAACUCGAAACCAGAUGCUCCGCGAACUAUCCUUGGGCACAGAACGAUCUAUUUUCUGGAGUCCAGAAGAGUCCCAUCUGACUUGCGGUACUCAUAGGCCUUCCGAGAUUAUGGCUGAAAGAACAGGCCUUCUAAGAGAAACAUCUUGUUCCAUUGAAAACAAGCGGUUGUCUUUAAAUGCAAGAAUGUACCAGCCUCCGUCGCAAUGUAACAAUGAGUAUAUGCGAGGUGACGGGACCGGCGAUAUGCAUCCGAUUGAUGAAGAAGACGAGGCACAUGGUGCGGCAGGUGGAGAUAGCACUAUUUGCAAGGCCGCUCAUCACAGAAGCACCGUUUUACUGCCCAAGACGACUCCUACAGAGCCUUCCCCUGAGGGAGUUACGGCAUUUGCAACGAGUGUCGGUCGAGCUAACGAGAGACAACCUUCGGAGCACGACGACAGAACAUCUUCAAACCUUUCGGGCUCGUCGAAGUCGGCCGCUCAGCAGUCUCACGGUAUUAUGGACAAUCAUCCGAGCCAGCCAAGCAGUGGGCGUGAAUCCCCAGAAAAGUCGAGUUCUGCAUCUAAUCGGAGUCGUGACACUUGGAGCCGACCCAACAGUACUGUGAUUUCCCAUGAACGCCGGUCUUCUGAUUCAUUUUCAACUGCCCAUACGACGAUUUCACAACGACAAGCAGAAGGCGAACAUCUACUACGAAACGACCCUGAACCCUCCUCCCCAAUUGACCUCAUACCAAGACCCCUCUCUAUCUCAAAACCGAGGGCUGAGUGGAUCGGCAACGUCCGGCGAGUGCUCUCUAUGACUCGAAAGCGGCCCCAGUCAUCUGAAGACGGCAGUGUUGCAUCUACAGCUUCGGGUAUCGACAGGAGAAGUGCCGUGCUUGGACCAGCAGGGUCUUUGCUCGAUUAUAAAACCGAGUCCAAGCUGCCUCGGCGAUCCGUCAGUGCCUCGGCGGAACUAUUCCGACGCAAACAAGGUGCCAAAGACUGGGGAGCAGGCAAUAUUGUUUCACGUGAGUUGACGGGGAGGAUGACACGCGAUGACUUCGGGUUGGAUGGUGUGUUAGAUCUCGAUGAUGAUGACUGGGAUGUGGAGGGCGCAGCAGAGAAUCGACGCGUCCAGGUCACCUUUACUGUGCCGAAGGAGAAGCUGCGAGUUGUCAAUGCUACGGCCAAUGAUAUGGAUAACAUCAGCGAGGCAUCCAUCAGUCGAAGCGACAGCCGGACAUGA